UUGCAAAGAAUAAACAUUAAAACUUAUCCAUGAAGAUUACUAGUUUCGAAUUUGGGUUCCACCAGUUAGACAAACAAUUGAGAGAAGAGUGACGAUUUCAGUUUUGGAUUCAAAACUUCAAACUCAGCGACGGGUUUGAGAAAAGAGUGUGAGGGGAAGAAGGAAGCUUAAUUGAGGAGAAAAAAGAGUGUGAAUUUACAAUUUUAUCCACGUUCUUAAUGGAAAUGUUAAUAAAGGAGUAUUCGUAGAAAUGAAUAUAAUAAUUGAGGACUAAAUUAGUAAUAUUUGAUAUGUAGGGACUAUAUUCUUAUGAGUUUUAUCCCAUUUAUUUCUUUGACUCAUAGUACGGCGGCGCGUUCGCUCAAAGCCUCAAAGCCGGACAGAUGCCGGCGAUUUCAAUCCCUUCCCUUCUCUGCGGCCACCACUAUCGCCUCCACCCUCGGCUAACCACCGCACUAUCGUCUAUAGGCCACUUGAAUUUCUCUUUCUUUUCCAAGUCACUCUCCGGCUGUAGACAUCACUCCAAUUCGUCUACCUCAUUAUGUGCAGAACCACCUGCACCUUUGCCCGCCGCAAAUUCUCGGUCUGGCAGGUCCGGCUCUCUCUCUGGACCUUCGCUACAAAUUGACGGCGUGCAGAAAAUAGAUGUCAAUCCCCCAAAAGGCACCCGGGACUUCCCCCCUGAAGACAUGCGUCUUCGCAGUUGGCUCUUUCAGAACUUCAGAGAGGUUUCACAGCUGUUUGGGUUUGAAGAGGUGGACUUUCCAGUGCUAGAGUCAGAGGCUCUGUUUAUUAGGAAGGCUGGGGAGGAGAUCAGAGACCAGCUUUACUGUUUUGAAGACCGGGGAAACCGCCGAGUUGCAUUGAGGCCUGAACUCACUCCUUCCUUGGCGCGACUUGUGAUGCAGAAAGGAAAAUCAGUCCCUCUUCCACUAAAAUGGUUUGCCAUUGGGCAGUGCUGGCGCUAUGAGAGAAUGACUAGGGGCCGACGUCGUGAACAUUACCAGUGGAACAUGGAUAUCAUUGGUGUGCCUGAUGUUACUGCUGAAGCUGAGCUUAUAUCCUCAAUCAUAACCUUUUUCAAACGCAUUGGCAUCACAGCUUCGGACGUUGGAUUUAAGGUCUCUAGUCGGAAGGUUUUGCAAGAAGUACUGCAUUGCUACUCUGUUCCUGAAACUAUGUUCAGUAGGGUGUGCAUAAUUAUUGACAAGUUGGAAAAGAUGCCUAUCGAUGACAUUAAGAAAGAACUUAAAUCCGCUGAGCUGUCGGAUGUGGCAAUUGAAGAGAUAUUGCAAGUCCUCUCUGUGAAGUCAUUGGAAAAAUUGGAAGAGAAGCUUGGGACGGCUACAGAAGCACUUGCUGAUUUGAAGCAACUAUUUUCAUUGGCUGAGAAGUAUGGCUAUUCUGAGUGGAUUCAGUUUGAUGCAUCAAUUGUGCGCGGACUAGCCUAUUAUACCGGCAUCGUGUUUGAGGGAUUUGAUAGAGCCGGGAAAUUGCGAGCUAUAUGUGGUGGUGGGCGAUAUGAUAGCUUGCUCUCUACUUUUGGAGGAGAUGAUAUUCCAGCUUGUGGCUUUGGAUUCGGUGAUGCAGUCAUAGUUGAGCUUCUUAAGGAGAAGGGGCUUGUGCCAGAAUUGAGUAUGCAAGUAGACGACAUCGUCUGCUCUCUAGACCCCAAUCUCCAAGGCACCGCUUCUUCUGUUGCAACCAUACUUCGGGAGAAAGGGCAGACCGUGGAUCUGGUUUUGGAAAACAAACCGCUUAAAUGGGUGUUCAAAAGGGCUGCCCGGAUGAAUGUGGGCAGGCUGAUCUUAGUUGGGAGUGAUGAGUGGCAAAGAGGGAUGGUGUGUGUUAAGAUUCUUUCUUCUGGUGAGCAAUAUGAGGUCAAAGUGGAUGAACUUCAGUAGCAAGGAUCUGAAUGAUAUGAUGCACUGUAUAUCAUUAUUUUUAUUUUUAUUUUUUGCUGAGUCCCUGCAUUGUUUUUUUUAAAAUAGAAAACAUGCAUAAGUUUUUCUUCUUUUUUUCCCCUACUGCUAACUUUUCUGAUUAUAUCUUGAUGACAUAUUAUUUGAAAGAAAACAAGCUUGAAAUGUAUACCCAUGCAUUUUAUUUGUGUAAAUGAUUCUUAGUACAAAUGAAGGGAUUAAGAGUAU